CUCUGGUCGGCAUGGCGUCCUGGUUGCUGUCGCCGCUGCACUCUGCCGUGGACGUCCUUCCAUCCCCCAGAGAGGUCCGGCUGGGGCGCCUGAGCGGGAAAGCGCUUCUUCCGCUUGGCCGAAUGGCUCGAGCCCAACAACCAGCGGUAUUGGAGCCAGCGGGGUCGACCGCGCCCGUCACCGCUCGGCCCUGGUCUUGUCCCAGCGCUUCUGCUUGCUCCCUGACAAUCGUUGCGACCACUGUUCUGCAGCGGGCUCGGUACUCGCGAGACUAACGCAUCUUUCCGGACGGCUCGGCUUGUUGUUCGUGCGGCUGCUCGUCACGACGCAGAUCCCAGUCAAUCUCCUCCCCUAUCUGCCUGGCUCGUGGCCCCGCACCUCCCAUGGUUCACUCGACCUUUGAAGACACCCUGGCGUCAGUCUCGCUGGACCAAGAUCCGGCGGCAUGCCUGCGUGCCCUGCGAUUGAUCAAAAACUCGGUCAUUGGAAACCCCACCAAGAAGGGUCUCUAUACUGGUCUGGGCGUUGUGCCGAGGUUAAUCGAGUUGCUCUCCGCGCCCGAAACAUCCGUCGACAUUAAAAUCGAGGCGUCGGUGAUCCUCGGUAGCAUAUAUAUCGCCGGGGAGACCGAGCCCGUCUCCGCCGUGGACUCGACCGCUGCGAAAUCCCUGCUUGGCUGCAUUGCCUCGCCCAACCUGCGUCUUGUCGAGUCGUCGACGCGCGCUCUGAAGUCCAUAUUCUUUCACCAGGAUGCCCCCCGUGCCGAGGUUUUCCAGUCGACCUUCCUCGCCGAUCUCGUCCGUCUUUUGGUUCCGAGCGACAACCACCUCCGAACUGGCCCCCCCGUUCCAACCACCUCGGCCUUCACACAGAAGGGAGCUGUCAAGGUGCCUGUCAAGAUCACCGAGAUUGCCGCGACCAUCCUCUCGAAACUGCCCUCGACACACCAGGAGCAGCUCGCCAUCCUCAACGCCGGUGCCAUUCCGCGCUUUGUCGAUCUGCUUGAGCCCAAAUGGGCGUCCUAUGCCAAGGUCCAGGAGGCUGCCCUCGAGGCGCUGGCAAAUCUGUCGCAUGGCAACAAAGGCAUCGCCGAUGCUAUUUUGUCGUGCAAAAGCUCGGAAGGCUCUGCGUCGCUGGACUUGAUUUUUGCGCUCUUGAGCAUGAAACGGUCAUCGCUGCGGCUACUCGCCGCCAAAUGCCUAACCAGCAUCGCUGGCGUUGUCGAGCUGCCAUAUCGACAGAAAUCUGAAAUGCCGCUCAUGGUGCUACCGACCGUCAUCAGCCUGUUCUCGGACACAUCACCUGUGCCCACGCAUGGCCCAACAUGCACCGUGCAGGAACAAGCUCCUCUCGUCUUUGCCAGCCUGGUUGGCGAAAGCGAAGAGUACCAGCGGGUAGCCAUGGAAAACGAGGCGGUGCUCAAGUUGGCGGGCCUCAUCCACACUGCGUUCGCCGCCGGCUUUGAUAAGGAUUUGAACCGGUCCCCUUUGGCAGCUGCCAGUCCUUCGCCCCUCCUUGGCCCUAACGCCAAGCCAAAGCCCGGCACCAAAGACGAGCCCGUCAUUCCCAAGAUGGAGAUAUCUGCGGCCCAUAGCGAGAAGCUUGUCGAGAGCACCCUCGUCGCCAUUGCAGCAGUUUGUUCGCUCCGCGAAGAGUGUCGGAAGCAGGUCAUCGACGCAAAGCUACUGCCUGGCAUCAUUGCGUGCCUCAACCAUCGGAGCAGCCCGAUCCGAGCAGCGGCAUGCAGCUGCGUCCGGAGUCUCUCACGAAGCGUCAAAAAUCUCCGAACCUGCUUGAUGGAUGCCGGGAUCUCGCAGGCGCUUAUCCCGUUGCUCGACGAUGCCUCUGCGCAAGUCCAAAACACAGCCCUUGCGACUCUCUGCAACAUCGUGCUCGACUUCAGCCCCAUGAAGAAGACGCUUGUCGAAAGUGGCGGUGUCCAGAGGCUGGUCUCCCUCGUGUGCUCGACCGAUCUCAGUCUGAGGCUGAAUAGCGUGUGGAGUCUUAAAAACCUGAUCUUCCAUGCGGAUUCGGCCCUGAAAGACAGCGUCAUGUCCAAAAUGGGCUGGGCCACUCUGAGAACGCUCAUGGAUGAUCCCGCACCAGGAAUUCAAGAACAGGCACUGAGCUUCUUGAGAAAUCUGGUUUGCGGAGGCGAAACGGAUGUCAAUCGUGUCUUUGUCGGUUUGGGAGAGCAUGAGCUGAUUCGUUACCUCGAGCAACGCCUCACGAACCCAAACGAAUCUAUCGACGUCAUGGUGCAGGCACUCUUUGUUGUCGUCAAUAUCCUGACAGGCCGAGAGCAGCACCAAAACUCUAUUGUAAACUCGGAGGCGAUUCGGGGCAGCAUACUCCGGCAUCUGGAACACCCUUCCCCUCAGAUUCGACUGGCUGCAGCUUGGUGCGUCAUCAACUCAACUUGGCCCGAGGAUCCAGGCGCACAGGAGCGCAUCAAACUGCUUCGGCGAUACGGAUAUGAGGAGAGGCUCACAAAGCUCGUGGAUGACAGCGACGCUGAGGUCAAGGACAGAAUCAAGACCGCCCUCGCCAACUUUGUCGGUGUCGAGACCAGAAACACACUUGGCCCUAAUGCCGGAUCCAUUGUUGGCGACAAUCCCGAGGCUGCCUCGAACCGAAUGAUAGUAGAUGAGCCCAGUACCCUUUCAGAUAACAUGAAUCACUUUACAUUUGGGAGCUUUGGCGGAAACCGACCAUAAGCCGUCCAAAGGGACGAGCUCCCUGGUUCCGUAGCUUCCGGCCAACCCACACUUGGCAACAACCAUGCUAUCUGAUUCUCUCGCCAUCAGCCAAACGAUAGUGAGAUUCUCUGGUUGCUUAGAACACUCGCACAUUAUCGGGCGACAUUCAUCAGUUGGAGCUCCUUGGUUCAUCAGGGCCGCUGUUUUUUCUGCCGAUUGCUGACAACAAGUAUGUCGUAGAGUGCACGAUCUUGAAUAUACGAGGUCGAUCUCCUAGAGCGGC